AUGGCUACAUCAAUGGAGCAGCACCGCGAUCUGAUAGUCGAUGGAGAUAUAGCGCAGGCACUGGACAUGUGUAGACGGCUGCUUCGCACUGAAAGCAAUGUAAAGCGUGUACAGACGGCGCAGCUGGUACUGGAGCGACUACGCAGCGGCGGCACCGACGACUCGAGUGAUGACGUGAACGCGCUCCUGCGAGUACUUGGAAACUAUGUGACGCCCACGCGUGAGCUGACGGAAGAGAUUUUACCGUUGCUCCUUUUUUGCAAUCAUCGUGUGCUACUGAUCUAUCAUUUGCCAAAGUUGACGUACCAGUCUAAAGAAUGCGUACAAUUAGUGGUUCAAGCUUAUCUGGACCUAAUUAUAACGGACCGAUCAUUGCUGGUGCCGGUGAUGGGGUCUCUGGCUGAGAUACCACUGGACAUUAGUGAGAAGAACACUGUAGUAGAAAUUACGCAGUCGCUGCUGGAUGCUGCAGAGGAGGAAGAUAUACCUGCGGUGGUGCAAAGCUUAUUGUCUAUGGUGACCAAAUCGUCGGCCCCAAAGGCCCUUGGUCGACUUCGAAUUGAAUGUAAUCGUAUUCAAUCUGGCACAUUAUCACUCACAAUGGAGGUAAUUGGGCGCUAUGCGACUGUGGGGUCGGUGGCACUGACAGCGCUUCUCCGCUUGAUCACACAUGUGGACUCAUUGACCACGUUUGACAUCGUGUUGCUGACUCUCGUGAUGAGCAAAUCUGCAGAAAAUGAAGUAAGUGUUUUGAUAAAGCGAGGAGGCGACGUUAAGGAGCUGGCUGUAAGGACAACAACAGUUGUUGCUCAAAGUGGGAGGCUACACGAUCGAAUGAUGCGUGAAGCUGCUUCAAUGCUUAUAAGAUCAGAGUGGGCAUACCUGCUCCCGUCCUUUAUCCGAUUCUGUAGCUGUCUUCUUGCGGUUUGUUUUCGUGCUUCAACCCAGAUUACGCUGGCCUCGAAAUUGAUUGCUACUUCUGUUAAUACUAUGAUCAUUCUCAUCGAGACCAGAAGUAAUGUACAAGAGGAGGCCUUGAUUCUCUUACUGACAAUUGCGAGCCAACCAAAGAGACUGUUACUGCUUGCCAACACUGAUUCAGCGAAACGAACUCGAAGUGCUCUAUGCUGGAAUGUAGCGGAAGUGAUCGCAUUACGAUUUUCAGAGCUUGCACGGAGGAAUGCUGGUGCACUAGCAUCAUCAUCUCAUUUGUUCCUUGAUCACCUUCACGGAAUUGCUUCUGCUUCGACAGAGUCCGUAAUUGAUGAAAAGUACCCAUCGCAAAUUCUCGAUCUGCUUUGUUCAACCAUGGCGUUGUUGACGAAGAAGGAGCGGGGUGUAUAUUCACUACUGAUGAUUACCAUUCAAAAGCAGCUUGUGACGCGGGUAGGAGCCUCUGGUUUGUCCCACGACCAGCAAUCAUUUAGGUGUGAAAGUGGCCGAUCACUCCAAAUUCGCGCCAGUGCUGUUGAGGUAAAACAGCUCAUGGCUGUCUUUCUCACUGGACAUCUCCUUAAGAAUCAGGUAGUCGUGGAAUCUCGCGACCGAAAAUCUUUAUCAAAUUGGAUGCUGCGUCUUCUGACUUUUGCAAAUCGUGAUGAGACGCUGCUGCACGUGAUGCGUUUUGUGCGAGACGAAAUGAAUCGAUCACGUGAGGUAUCUGCUCUGGAACAAGAGCGGGCUCUGCUAACCUCAAGUAUAUCUCAAGUUUUUCGAAAAAAAGGUCUGUGUUGGACUUCGCGCAAUCACGUGCUUCAGCGAAUAAAGGAAGACAACAGUAUCAUGCUUGCAUUUGAUGAUGCAAAAAACAUCACCGCAAUUAUUAGUGACGGAUUAGCAACCUCUUUAGCUGUGGAUGCCACAGAAUUUGUGCUUAAAAUGCGGUUUGGAGUGCCGCCGUCUGCAUUCGGUGACAUGGAUCACAGUGAGCGUAAAGCGCACAUGAAACUUACAGAGCGGGAAUACCUCAUGAAAAUUUGCCUCCUCCAAGAGCUGUUCCAUUGCUAUUUGGAUUUUACACCUUCAAUUGAACAAUCGGAAGUUGUCGAUGCUGCGUUCGUGCUUCCUUCUGCUAUCAAACGGGCAUUUAGUGCGGAGGAGUGCGAAUCAGUUGAGCCCUCGGCACAGAACAUUCUUAUUUGGAACCUAGUUUGCGCACUAGAAGUUGCAGUCGCAUCAACUAAUUUUGCAGCAGAGCAAUACUCGUCAAUGCUAGCAAUUCCGGGACCAAAACGCGAUUGUUUGAAGCAGUAUUCACGAAUGGCAGCUAGGUUGCACAUCUGCUUGAAACAGCGGAAUUUACUUGCGCGGAUACUGGCUAGUCAAAAGAAAAGUAUUUUGACCCGCCUAGACGGCUUCAACGACGCAUUAAGCUCCCGGCGUGCUGAAGCGCAAAAGCAUGAACUAGAAUGGUUCCUGGUGGAGGCUUCUAUUGCCGAACAACUUCUCAACGGUCAGCUUCGUCGGGUACAAGGAGAGGCCCCUCGAGCCUCGUUGUUCGGCUUGGACUUUCGUGUUAUCUGCUUGGCUUUUGAAGGCGAGCAAAAACACUUUAUGGAACCAACCCUGUCGUUGCCUAAUGAAUUGGACUUACUGCAAGUUUUCAAUCGACAUUUACAGAGUGAUGCUAUGCCUUUUUCAGACUUAGAUGGCACUAGUGGAAGCGGUCGAUACAAAAAAAUGCUUGUAUCUAGGAGUGAAGGACGCCAGACAGUAAAAUGGGUAUGCUACCGUGCGGUAGAGCUUAGCCGCAUGGUCAGCAUCGAAGAAUUCGACCGGGCUGCAAAUGGCAGUUUUGAGGCUGAAUCGACAGAAGUUUCGGCCGUGACGAGAAAAUUAAUGGCGCACAGUCUGGCGUAUAUUUACGAUUCAUUCAUCGCCAUACUGGAGGAGUGUCGUGUUGCGACUGCGACGGGAGAUUCUAGUUGGAGCAACAAAAUGAUGGAGCUGCUUGCUGCUGGCGCAAGUCCUGACGAUGAUUUGUCUCGCGUUAAUAAUCCUAGCGGAUACAGCGAGGUAUUUUUUCGCUUCCUAGCGCGACAGUGUCUUAAGUUGACAGACCCUACGCUAGCUUCUCUGGUUACUGAUGCUCUUACCUUGCUUGUGCUGAACACGAGGAAAAGUCCUUUAAUCAGCCAACUUUGUCUAGCUAUGCUGCACCAAACAUUUCCGGCAGCGUCAACCUCAAGUCACUUCGAAGCUAGUGGUGGAAAGUUCUGUAGAGGCCUGCCGCUGAGGUCUCUGCCUAACGCUGUUGUGUCUCCUACUAAAGGCCAUAUGUGCUCAUUGGCGAAAUACCGAUGCACUUCAAUGAAGUGGCGCCAUAUUGCGUACCUGGUUGUUGGAUCGUGGGCAUACUCCACUUCGGCAUCAGCGGGAUCAUUCCUCUUGGCCGAUUAUCUUGAGCAAAUGCGUGUUCUUGUUGAUGCAACGGCAUCCCGCAAUGAUGGACGAAACAGAAUGGAUGAAAGCGAAGACGAGUCUGGCGAGGAUAAAAUCGAAGAAAGACGCCGACAAGAUGAGCUGACUGUGGUGGUAGACGGAGAGCACAUUGUGCUAAAAAGCUUGACAAACGAGUCCUUGCCGUAUUUUAUCGAAGCAAUUCUCCUUUGCGCCAUCGCUUCCUUGUACCGGGUUACGCCAAAGAAACCAGCGCAAGCUCUUGCCAAUUUAAAUCCUUUUUUGGAUCACUGCAGAGCGAUGCAUGUAUUUGAAAGCACCCUGCGUGUAUUUGCGCAAGCUGAAGCGUGCGGAUUCAACUUGCCGGUUAAGACAAACUUGCUCGUGCUGCGGGGAGGGUCCUUUGCCACACGUAGCGUCAAGUCUAUUCUGACAAAAUGUAUAGCCUGGCGCAUCGAGCAAAGUGUGCGCGACGACACUGGUGCGUUAGGGCAUCUGGGUGUUCUAUUCGGCGCUGCGCAGGUCAUGUCAAUGACCAUGGAGAGGGUGACAUCUAUCUUUCAGGAGCGUGUAAUGCUGAAAAUGCAGCGCAAUGGAGGCAGUCGUCGAAGAGGAGGGUGGUCCAAUGAGCUGCUGGUCAAGACGUAUGGGAAGAAGUACAAUACGCGUCGAUGGAUUUCAAAAACCGAGGCAAAGCUACUUCCGCUCUUCUCUCACGGCAUUCAAGAGCUUCAGGACUUCUUACAGGAUCGAAGUGACGUAAACAAUAUUGUUUUGGAAGCGGCAAGAGUUGAAUGGGAAUCAACAAUCAAUAUUUGGGGCGACUACGAACAUCGUGAUGUGAUGCUAAGCGCUGAUAAACUCGUCUCUGCAUGCCGAACUCUCCAGGCGACAGAGCUCACGUCUACGUUGCUUAAAGAUUGGCGGCCUUGCGUCUUAAUUGACACAGAGGACGAUGAGACCGAUUUUGACGAUGAUGAGGAUUUAGCAGACAGCCAAGAUGUUGACGAGGAAUCGCUAUCCGAAGACGAAGACGAUGGGUUCGUAGUAAGAUCCUAUGAGACGACGAACCGAACGCCGCUGUUGAGCGGACGCAAGAAGCCUGCGGUGGAACUCCAAGAUAACGGAGACCUCGGCUUUCCAACUAUCUUCGUUGAUUUCAAAAAACAAAAAAAACGACACACAAGAGCUAAAGCUUCUCUUGGCUCGUAA